AUGGAGGGGUAUGCUCUGGGGAAUGGCAUCCAGGGCGCAGAUCCACCUGGUGGAGCCGGUGUCUGGUCCUCUGGCGCCCCGACUCCCCUAAGUUUCACGCCCCCAUUGGUGUCAGCGGUGCACCUGCCAUGCGCGCCGCCGGCAGCCGUCUCCUCGCCCACUUCCAACAACGGUUUUGGUGCCGCAGUGGCAGAUGGGCCACACAUGAUACACGUGCUGGGCAGCGCGACGGAGAAUGUGAGCGCCGCUCACCAAGCGUCUCUCACGCCGUUGGUGUCUGCGUCUGCUUCCGCGGCGCACCGACCGACGUCGCAGGGCCCAUUCCCGGCCGCCUCUACGCUGACAUCCCCGUCGCUGGCGAUGACGGGGUGGGGCGGUGGCGGUACGGGCGACAGCACGGAUGAUCCGAAUACGUCCUUUUCUGGUGCCACGACGACGUCUGCCACGGACACAGGCGAGGACAGGGGCUUCGAAUUCGAUCGCGCGGGCAGGCGACACAUUGCUCGUGUCGUCGACCCCACCGAGGUGCCGGCGCUCAAGUACACGAUAGCGGUUUCUGUAACUCGGGAUGGCAAAGUGGUCGAGGAGCAGCUCGAUCCAUUUGAACUGGGCCGUCUGUACGGCCAGAGGCAGGCGGCUCUCCGCAAGCUGAGGAGUCGUUACGACUUUCUUGCCGUGCCGGAGUGGGUGCGGCUGCACCCGCUGCUUGGAACGUAUUUCGCUGAGCUGGUCGGCACCUUUGGGUGGGUGCUCACUUUGGCGCUUGUGAGCGUGCGCAACGAGAGCAUCUUCAACAUCUCCGACGCCACGAGCAUGACGCCGCUGCCCAUCGGCUUCAUGUUCACGAGUAUGAUCUUCACCUUCGGCUACAUCUCCAGCUCUCACUUCAACCCUGCCGUGUCCAUCGCCGUAUUUCUUGUGCGUCACAUGAAGGUGGCCCAGUGCUGUGCCUACAUCCUUUGCCAGCUCGCCGGCAGCCUCGCCGCCGGCGUCGUGGCGAUGAUAAUCCAGGGCAACAAGGACAUCUUUGUACCGUCGGUGUCGACUAACUACGUCUCCUCCGGCAUUUUCUUGGAGCUCAUCUUCACCUUUGCGAUGUGCCUAGUCGUGCUCAAUAUCGCCUACUCCCGUCAGUCUGGCAACUUCUUCUAUGGCUUUGCCGUCGGUAUGACAAUCUCCGCUGGCUCAGCCAGCGCAGGGCGCAUCUCAGGUGGAGCCUUCAACCCCGCUGCCGCGUCGGGGCUGCAGGUAGCCAUGUGUCUAGCGGGCAGGUGUGACGACCUCAAGUCCAUCUGGGUCUACUGGCUCGCCCCUGUCGUCGGCGCCAUCCUGGCAGCGAUCCUCUUCUCUCAGAUGGCGCAGCCAGCUGAGACGCAGGUGCUGGAAGACAGGAAGGUGUUCCAGAAUGUGAACGAGCUGCACCGGCAGCGCAUGGCGGCACAGGCGUUCGCCAUCCGUGCCACAGCAGGCACUGCUGCAGCGAAACGCUGCGCAGGCAGCGCCGACGAAAGGAAGCCGGCCUCCUCUUCGACAUCUUCUGAGAGGCAGCCAUCGUCGUUCUCCUCUGAUCCGCGCGGCGCUCGCGAAAUGACGGAAGUGCCACACACUCGCACACCGCGGACAUGCGAGGGGCGUGAUGCCGAGCAUGUGCAUGCGAGCACUCAAGACGGCGCAGAGGAGCUGGAUAGCGGGCACACCCGGCUGCCGCUGCAGGCGCUGAGCCGCGGGGAAGUAAAGGUCGCCACCACCUCAUGGGAGGGGCCGACAUUCAAUCGACGUUAG